AUGACGGACGCCCACACUGCCCGGACGAUCGUCGGAAUCAUCGGAAACGUGAUCUCGUUCGGCUUGUUCUGCGCUCCAAUACCAACGAUGGUGAAGAUAUGGAAGAUGAAAUCGGUGUCGGAAUUUAAGCCAGAUCCAUAUGUAGCUACGGUUUUAAACUGCAUGAUAUGGACUUUUUACGGACUCCCUUUUGUCCAUCCCGACAGUCUCCUCGUCAUCACCAUUAAUGGAACUGGUCUUUUCAUGGAACUCGUUUAUGUUACCAUCUUCUUCAUCUUCGCUUCCGCAUCUGUCCGCAGAAAGAUUACAAUAGCUAUGGUGAUCGAGGUGAUAUUCAUGGCGUUGGUGAUCUUCUGCACAUUGUACUUUUUGCAUACAACAAAACAAAGAUCUAUGCUUAUUGGGAUCUUGUGCAUUGUUUUUAACGUCAUCAUGUAUGCUGCUCCUUUAACCGUCAUGAAACUUGUGAUAAAGACAAAGAGCGUGAAGUACAUGCCGUUCUUCCUAUCAUUAGCCAACUUCAUGAACGGUGUCGUUUGGGUCAUUUACGCAUGUCUUCAAUUCGACCCCUAUAUUUUGAUUCCAAAUGGUCUUGGAUCACUAUCAGGAAUAAUCCAACUUAUAUUAUACGCUACUUAUUAUAAAACAACUAACUGGAACGAUGAAGACGACGACAAAGAAAAGCGCUAUUCGAAUGCUGAAAUCGAACUUGGCAAAGCUUGA